GUGAUGCGGCUGGAGGCCCGGGGGCUGCGAGGGGCCGCUCCCUCCGCGGCGCUCUGUACCAGGCCGGUGGGCUCCGGGACUCCUCCAGAUUCAGUAUCUGCAAACAAAGGUGAGAGCAUAUCUAGUACUAACCUCCAGGAAGCUUCAAAACCUUCUGCUGAAGACAUGAGGAUGUUCAUGUCAAGAAAAACUGUGGUCGCAUUUCCUCAGCGGAUAGUUGUUUCUUCCCUUGAGGAAGACGACCUCACUACAGCUGCAACAGAAGGCAACUUGAGGAAAGAGUUAGCUGAGGAAGAAAAUUCAUCUUCAUCCAGCUCAGAUUCAGAUUCUAGCUCAGAUUCUGAGGAAGAAAAUGAUGAUGAUGAUUCAGAAGUUGCCAUUAAAACCAAAGUUGAGUUUCCUAGACGAGAUUCCAUCUUUUCCGAGAACAUAGCGGUAAAAGCAUCAAUGCUAGCAAAAGAGAACUUGUCCCAGAAAUCCCACAAAGAAUAUGUAGCUAAGAAGCAGCCACGCAAAACAGAAACUGAUGUGUCUCCUAUCAAGCAGGUCUCAUUUUCUAAAACAUCAGUCAGCCAUGAAACAUCAAAAUCCAAAGCAAGAGACCCCAAAGUAAAAUCAACUCCAAAAGAAGCAGGUCAGCAGAAGCUGGUCUUAGAACAACACAUGGUUGAAAGCCUGACUGAUGUUGCUCAUAAAUCUGAUCAUUUGGAGGAAAAGUCCAUUGGAACCCAAGUAGCAGCUAUUCAUCUGAAAGCUUCAUCAGUGACUCAGGAAGACAAAAAGCAAAAACUGGUAUCCAGAGGAGAAGAAAAAAAGGUGGAGGCACAGGAGUCAGAAGCAGAAGAAGUAACUACUCCUAAACUAGAAGAACGGACUUUUGAAAGCACAAGGUUGGUGAUGGGCACCACAGCAAAGGAGGAGACCAUUCAGGAAGCAGGAGUCCAGGCUGGAGAAAGAAUCACAAUAGAGGAGACCACAGCAGCUGCUGAGCCUGCUCCAGAAGAUUUCGAUAAUUCUACCUACAAGAACCUUCAGCAUCAUGAAUAUAACAUUUAUACCUUUGUUGAUUCUGUUGCGGUUCUCUCAAAAUUCAGGCAGCCUCAGCCGUCUUCUGGAAGACCAUCACCAAGGCACUGA